AUGAAUCCUCCUAUUGUCACACACAUUUCAGAGUGCUUUAUCAAGCCCAAACACAUCGUAGAAGAAGCGAAACAGCCUUAUUAUUUGGCACCAUGGGAUCUUGUUAUGCUCUCUGUUCAAUAUAUCCAAAAGGGACUUCUCUUUGCCAAGCCACCAAAAACAACAAAUCAACAGGACUUCAAGAUCAUGGAUUUCUUGGAACAUCUCAAGCAGUCCCUCUCUCUCACUCUUGUUCAUUUCUACCCACUUGCCGGACGCCUUGCAACAUCACAGAGUGAAAACCCACCUUCCUAUGUGGUCUUUGUGGACUGCAACCACAGUCCAGGAGCUAGAUUUACCUAUGCAACCGUUGACCUGACUACAUCCGAUGUUCUUUCACCUACUUAUGUGCCAUUAGUUCUUCAGUCAUUCUUUGACCAUGAUAGAGCCCUCAACCAUGAUGGUCACACCAAGUCUUUGCUAACGAUUCAAGUGACAGAGCUAAUUGAUGGCAUCUUCAUUGGAUGUUCCAUUAAUCACAGUAUCGUUGAUGGAGCCUCUUUCUGGCAUUUCUUUAACAUGUGGUCUGAAAUCUUUCAAGGGAAAGGAGAUGAUAAAUCCAUCUCGCGCCCACCCGUUCUCAGCCGCUGGUUUCCUGAUGGGCAUGGUCCAGUACUAAAUCUUCCUUUUACCCACCAUGACCAAUUCUUAAGCCCAUUUGAAGGACCUCUACUUAAAGAAAGGAUGUUUCACUUCUCAUCAGAAUCAAUUGCAAAACUCAAAGCAAAAGCCAAUGCAGAGUUCAACACCAACAAGAUUUCAUCUUUCCAGUCCUUGUCUGCUCUUGUUUGGAGAUGCAUAACACGCGCACGCAAUCUACCGCAUGAUCAAGUAACCUGUUGCAGAUUGGCUAUCAAUAAUCGGUCAAGAUUGAAUCCACCAUUAUCUCCUGACUACUUUGGAAACUCAAUUCAGGCACUGAAAGCUGGGUCUGCCACAGCAGGUGAGUUACUGGAGCAGAAUCUUGGAUGGGCAGCUUGGCAAUUACACCAAGCUGUGGUGAACCACAGCGAUGAAAAGGUGAGGGAGUUUCUAAACUUGUGGUUAAAGUCUCGGUUUAUCUACCAGAUAGACAAGUUGUUUGAUCCACAUAGUGUGAUGAUGGGGAGUUCACCAAGAUUCAAUAAGUAUGGGAAUGAAUUUGGGUUGGGGAAGGCUUUGGCACUUCGCAGUGGAUAUGCACAUAAGUUCAGCGGGAAAGCAUCAGCUUAUCCUGGACACGAAGGUGGUGGAAGUAUAGAGUUGGAGAUUUGCCUCUCCCCUGAUGAAAUGACUGCUCUUGAAUCUGAUAAGGAGUUCAUGGAUGUUGUCUCUCCGUCUCCUUCUUAA